AUGCUGAUUGGCCAUCUAUCAAGGGGAAUUGGUCCUACCGCACUGCCGAUGAGAUGCCUGGGGUAUACUAGUAAGGAUUCAAACUUCCUCCCGAAUAACGAUAAUCAUGCUAACUUGCACUUUCUACACCAAAGUGGAGAGUCCGGUGAAGGAGAAUUGCACAGACGUGCUGGAGUUGGUGAAUAUCUAGACAAAGAAUCCAUUGGAGAGGCAAAGAUCAGAGCUCUGGCAAUGGGAUGUACGCUCGACCGUUUACCAAUUGUUAAGCUAACCCUCACUGGCUUCGUCGUGGAUGCCGACCCAUUCUUCAUGUGGUUCAAUCCACAUCGCCUCCGCGUAAUCAACUUCAAGAAUGACUGCGUCGACGCUGGAUUUGCUAUCCCACGCUUCAUUUCAGACCGAGUCGUCGUAUCCUGGUCAAAUACCGUGGCUGAAUAUGCCAUGCAGGUUCGACAUGUCAAACCUGGAGAGGUUAAACUCAUCGAUAUUCCGAAGAGGAAGAACAAGGGGCCAACUCAGGCCAGACUCGUUGAUAUUCCCAAGAAAGGGAAGAAUCCAGUCGACAAAGCUGACGAGACCAAGCUCGCCAACGAGAAGGUCAGCGAAUGGCGAAAGGCAAGUAUCGGCAAAGAAAAUGCAGCCAUCGAGAAGGCACCUGAGUGCUUCUCGGACAAUGACGACGGCCUUAACCGUCGUCCUGCAUUCCGCGUCAAAGGCUUCCCGAGAGCCAGCAAGAAGUGA